GGCGGGCCGGCUUCAUUCCGCCGCGCGCCGCGCCGCAACGAGCACGUCAGUCCGCGCGCGCGGGCCAUGGUCGCGAGAACCGAUGAGAGCAUGUUCGGGUGCUAUGGUGACAGCUACUCGUACCGCCUGUGGAGCCUGGCCAACGUGUGGGGCGCCUGCCGAUGUGAGUAGCGCGCCGCCAGCGGCCCGCAGUACACGUGCCCCCCUCGAUACUGAAACUAGGACUUUUACCGCUGACGUCAGCGGAGGCUGUGAAAUCUCGGUGUAAUACGACGUAGAUGCGAUUUCAACACCGCGAAGUGCUUAACGCGUUAUUAGAUAGCCCGUGGCCGCGGUCAGUGACGUGUGAGAACAGAGGUGUCGCUCGAUGAAAGUGCAGAGCUCGUUAAUGGGAGUUGGCGGUUGGUACGAAUGCUUGGCGGCCGGUUGGCUUGCGGACAUGAGGAGUAAGCAGGUCCCAACGUCUACCACCUCGGCCAGGCGGCUUGCGGCCUUAAUCCGUCCGCUGGCGGGCGGAGGGUCAGAAGGCAAGCCGUCUGAAGAAGAGGAAGAGCGAGGUGGCUCGCCCCUAGGCCCCGGCGGUCCCUUCUCGUGCAGCCAGUGCCGCGGAGCCUACCCGACGCGCGAGCAACUCGAACGCCACGAGACCCUGCACGCGCCCAACACACAGGUGGAUACAAUCAAAUAUUCAUGCAAGAUCUGCCACAAGAGCUUCGCGAACGUAUACAGACUACAGCGGCACAUGAUCAGUCACGAUGAAAGCGCACUGCUACGCAAGUUCAAAUGCAACGAUUGUGACAAAGCUUUCAAAUUUAAGCACCAUCUCAAAGAACACUUACGAAUACACAGUGGAGAGAAACCAUUCGAAUGUGCAAACUGCGGCAAGAAGUUUUCUCACUCUGGUUCCUACUCCAGCCACAUGACGUCUAAGAAGUGUCUCGUUAUGAAUCUCAAAAUGGGGCGAAUCAAACCCAAUAAUCCUGCUUUGAACCCAGAAAGAAGUCCAUCACGAAAAAGGACUAACGCUAUGGUUGCCUCUCAGUUAAAUAAUAAUAUGUCACCAAAUGGAAAUUCCUUUCUUCCAAUGCCUGCAGCCUUCUUUGCUACCAUGUCCUCUCAAGAGAGUAACUUUCAUCGCCCACCUUUGGGGCAGCCAGGUAUUCCUUUUUAUUUGCCUCCAGGCAUCCCUAUGAGUCCAGCUGGUGGUAUAGCUCCCUAUACCUUACCAGCAUCCCUCAGCCAAAUCUUUGAGCAGCUUGCUUCAUCGCAAUAUCAAACAAGAAAGUUGGAAAACCCUACCAGCCCAAAACCAACAAGCCCACCUACAGCAGACCCAGAAGACCUGAUCGAAGAAAUAACUGAAGACGACGAUAAACGAUCAGAAGGGAGCGCUGAACUAGUGAUGGACAUUGAAGAUGAAGAAGCUGUGUCAAUAAAAAAGGAACAAGAGGAACGAAAUGCCGAUGUCAAAUCCCCAUCUCACAAUUUUGAUGCCGUCCCUUUAAAUAAUAACGCCGACAAUUCAGGUUUUAAUUCAAUACUAGAAUCUGUGAGCGCUUCCGUCACAAAACAUUUCUUUAGAGCAAACAUGGAAAAACUGUCUCCUGUUUCGGGCAACGUUUGUCCUAGUAUAGAGUCCCCACCUAUUUCUCAAGUCGUCGUGAAGGAGGAACCAGAAGAAGCACAAAGAUGUUUAAAAUGCAACCUCACUUUCUCAAGUAAAAGUGAGUUAUUAGACCACGAGAAAACUCCUUGUGGAAAUAUGUUUAGAAAACACGAAGGUUUGGCAGCUCAAGUAGCCGAAACGGUAGCUCUUAGAUUGGAAGCAGAAAUACAUGCUUCCAUACAAAACGGAAUUAGUGCAAGCGAAGACGAAGACUUUAAUAGAGAGGAUCGCGAUGAUAAAAUAUCAAUACAUGACAAUGACAGGAAAAUUAGAGUUCGCACAGCCUUGAGUGAAGAGCAACAGUCCGUUUUGAAGGAACAUUAUUCUUUAAACCCACGACCGAAUCGCGAGGAAUUUAAAAGAAUAGCCCAACAGAUCGGUUUAGACAAUAGAGUGGUGCAAGUUUGGUUCCAGAACAACAGAGCUAGAGAACGACGUAUGACGCAAACGAUAACUGCGUCUGAUCAACCACUAGACCUGUCUACGAAGAAGUCAAAUCCAUCAGUUACGUCAAGUCCGUCGCCAUCGCCACCGUGCAGCAUUUCUGUGACACAUUCCGACUCGGAGGAGGCUGUAAAUCUUAGCCAAAAGUCCUCGCGAAGUACAACGCCUCACCGUACCAACUAUUUGAAUACUUAUCCACAUUCCAAUUGUUCUUCAUCUUCAUUCACCGACUUUCGGUUGUCUCCUUCACCAGGAGAAACAAUGAAUGGACAAAAAAGAUUACUGCCCCAAAAAUUACAUGUGAACCCUUUAGUACCCAUGGACAAACUCCUGCAAUAUAACGAUAUGGCCAAUGCAAGAUCUCCUAUUCUAAACAUGCAUCUGUCCUCGGACGUCACUAGACAGGGCUCGAGUCCAUCAUACGAACGUCCUCCGUGGGAUGAAAUUCAGGCAACGAAUGAGAUGGAUGAAGAAGCCACAGUACUUAAGAAGAGCAAACUCAAGCAAGGAGCUGAGUAUAAGGAAGGCGAAGGACAAUUCGUGUGUGACCAGUGCGAUAAGACCUUUGUUAAGCAAAGUUCACUCGCCAGACACAAAUACGAACACUCAGGUCAACGACCGUACAAGUGUCUAGAAUGUCCCAAAGCAUUCAAACACAAACACCACCUAACUGAGCACAAACGCCUUCACACCGGGGAGAAGCCCUUCCAGUGUUGCAAGUGCUUCAAAAAGUUCUCCCACUCCGGCUCGUACAGUCAGCACAUGAACCACCGGUUCGCGAUCUGCAAGCCCUACAGGGACUUCCGUCCGCUGGCGGGCGGAGGGUCAGAAGGCAAGCCGUCUGAAGAAGAGGAAGAGCGAGGUGGCUCGCCCCUAGGCCCCGGCGGUCCCUUCUCGUGCAGCCAGUGCCGCGGAGCCUACCCGACGCGCGAGCAACUCGAACGCCACGAGACCCUGCACGCGCCCAACACACAGGUGGAUACAAUCAAAUAUUCAUGCAAGAUCUGCCACAAGAGCUUCGCGAACGUAUACAGACUACAGCGGCACAUGAUCAGUCACGAUGAAAGCGCACUGCUACGCAAGUUCAAAUGCAACGAUUGUGACAAAGCUUUCAAAUUUAAGCACCAUCUCAAAGAACACUUACGAAUACACAGUGGAGAGAAACCAUUCGAAUGUGCAAACUGCGGCAAGAAGUUUUCUCACUCUGGUUCCUACUCCAGCCACAUGACGUCUAAGAAGUGUCUCGUUAUGAAUCUCAAAAUGGGGCGAAUCAAACCCAAUAAUCCUGCUUUGAACCCAGAAAGAAGUCCAUCACGAAAAAGGACUAACGCUAUGGUUGCCUCUCAGUUAAAUAAUAAUAUGUCACCAAAUGGAAAUUCCUUUCUUCCAAUGCCUGCAGCCUUCUUUGCUACCAUGUCCUCUCAAGAGAGUAACUUUCAUCGCCCACCUUUGGGGCAGCCAGGUAUUCCUUUUUAUUUGCCUCCAGGCAUCCCUAUGAGUCCAGCUGGUGGUAUAGCUCCCUAUACCUUACCAGCAUCCCUCAGCCAAAUCUUUGAGCAGCUUGCUUCAUCGCAAUAUCAAACAAGAAAGUUGGAAAACCCUACCAGCCCAAAACCAACAAGCCCACCUACAGCAGACCCAGAAGACCUGAUCGAAGAAAUAACUGAAGACGACGAUAAACGAUCAGAAGGGAGCGCUGAACUAGUGAUGGACAUUGAAGAUGAAGAAGCUGUGUCAAUAAAAAAGGAACAAGAGGAACGAAAUGCCGAUGUCAAAUCCCCAUCUCACAAUUUUGAUGCCGUCCCUUUAAAUAAUAACGCCGACAAUUCAGGUUUUAAUUCAAUACUAGAAUCUGUGAGCGCUUCCGUCACAAAACAUUUCUUUAGAGCAAACAUGGAAAAACUGUCUCCUGUUUCGGGCAACGUUUGUCCUAGUAUAGAGUCCCCACCUAUUUCUCAAGUCGUCGUGAAGGAGGAACCAGAAGAAGCACAAAGAUGUUUAAAAUGCAACCUCACUUUCUCAAGUAAAAGUGAGUUAUUAGACCACGAGAAAACUCCUUGUGGAAAUAUGUUUAGAAAACACGAAGGUUUGGCAGCUCAAGUAGCCGAAACGGUAGCUCUUAGAUUGGAAGCAGAAAUACAUGCUUCCAUACAAAACGGAAUUAGUGCAAGCGAAGACGAAGACUUUAAUAGAGAGGAUCGCGAUGAUAAAAUAUCAAUACAUGACAAUGACAGGAAAAUUAGAGUUCGCACAGCCUUGAGUGAAGAGCAACAGUCCGUUUUGAAGGAACAUUAUUCUUUAAACCCACGACCGAAUCGCGAGGAAUUUAAAAGAAUAGCCCAACAGAUCGGUUUAGACAAUAGAGUGGUGCAAGUUUGGUUCCAGAACAACAGAGCUAGAGAACGACGUAUGACGCAAACGAUAACUGCGUCUGAUCAACCACUAGACCUGUCUACGAAGAAGUCAAAUCCAUCAGUUACGUCAAGUCCGUCGCCAUCGCCACCGUGCAGCAUUUCUGUGACACAUUCCGACUCGGAGGAGGCUGUAAAUCUUAGCCAAAAGUCCUCGCGAAGUACAACGCCUCACCGUACCAACUAUUUGAAUACUUAUCCACAUUCCAAUUGUUCUUCAUCUUCAUUCACCGACUUUCGGUUGUCUCCUUCACCAGGAGAAACAAUGAAUGGACAAAAAAGAUUACUGCCCCAAAAAUUACAUGUGAACCCUUUAGUACCCAUGGACAAACUCCUGCAAUAUAACGAUAUGGCCAAUGCAAGAUCUCCUAUUCUAAACAUGCAUCUGUCCUCGGACGUCACUAGACAGGGCUCGAGUCCAUCAUACGAACGUCCUCCGUGGGAUGAAAUUCAGGCAACGAAUGAGAUGGAUGAAGAAGCCACAGUACUUAAGAAGAGCAAACUCAAGCAAGGAGCUGAGUAUAAGGAAGGCGAAGGACAAUUCGUGUGUGACCAGUGCGAUAAGACCUUUGUUAAGCAAAGUUCACUCGCCAGACACAAAUACGAACACUCAGGUCAACGACCGUACAAGUGUCUAGAAUGUCCCAAAGCAUUCAAACACAAACACCACCUAACUGAGCACAAACGCCUUCACACCGGGGAGAAGCCCUUCCAGUGUUGCAAGUGCUUCAAAAAGUUCUCCCACUCCGGCUCGUACAGUCAGCACAUGAACCACCGGUUCGCGAUCUGCAAGCCCUACAGGGACUAACACCACAUCACUUGUUGAACAAAGUCUGGUAUCGAUUUCGUUAAAUAAUUUUACAAAUUCUAUUGCACUUGUUAAAUUCUAAACAGCACUUAACGUCAAGACGAAAUCAAGUUAAAAUCUUUGAAUUUUAUUGAUUGAUAGCUAUGAUCUUAAAUUUAUUGAUGAUCGACCUCAGUUACAUUAUUUUUGAAACGAACGCCAAACGUCGAACGCCGAAAAAAUGAAGCAAUCGAUACAGACCUGAAUAUUCGCUCAGUGCUCAUAGUAACUGUAGGUCAUCAAUGUUCCAGUAAACACGAGACAAAUCGCAUAAUAACCUACCUACUCGUACAAAAAGUAUUCAUUGCCCGGUAUUUUCGUUACAAACUUAAUUAAGGUCAUUGCUCAACAUCACAAUAUUUUUAUACAUUAUAUUUACUGUAGGAAAAAUUAUUUGAAAGUCCUAGUUACAACCAAAGUAAUGCCAAAUAUUUAGAUAUAACAAGUGCCAUGCUAACACGCCAAAAAUAUACUACGGUUAAAUGAUUUAAAUUUUAAGUUUAACUAUUUAUCUAAAUACAAUACCAAAGGUCAGUACCUGUAGAAUACUCCUAUAUAACUAGAACUUAUUUGUUUACAGUGUGUUUAGUUAGGUCAACGAUUCAUGUUUAAUCAUCUUAACAUCCACCUACAUACAAAACUUAAUAGGUACACACCUAUUUAGGUUGAUAUAAUCGUUCGUGGCAAUGUAUUAAAUAAAAAUAUUAUUUUUUAUUUUGGACCAACGAUACCUAGCAGCUAAUGUAAAAUCGUAGAAAAUAUCUCUUGUUUUCCUAUAGAUUCCAUAAUGUUAUGUUGUUCUAUUUUAUCGAAAUUGUUUCUAUCACUUUUUAAUAUGGUACCUACAGUAGAAAGACAUUUAAAACUGUAUAAAAGUUAAAAUACUAUGUAUUUUCCAAUGUUUAUCAGUACCUAUAUCCGAAUGUAAAUUAAAUCAAUGACUUGUACACUACACACCGACGUAUAACUCGGUUGCAUUUCUUAAACCAUUUCAACAUUUUGUGAUAGAGAUAAGUUCGCGCAUUGUGAAUUUUCUCAUUAUUAUAUGUUUAUAGCCAUCGUUUACUUAAUUUUGACAUUAUAAUGACCGUGUCGACUUGAAAGGUUGCCGUAAGAAUAAAAAAGGAAUAUGUGUUGAAAGUCAAGUGAGAAAUAAUGAGAAAAUACGCAACCUUACCCCUACUCCCUCCAAUACAAAAUAUUGACAUGGUUGGUGUCGGCUAUUACACUCCUGAAUAGAUACUACCAUGUAGAUAAGUUUUAUAACUUGGAACCGAAAUUUGAGAGCGCUGUUUUAUAACAAUAAAAUAAUGUAAACUUACCUAGUACUAGUAGUUACAUAAAGCCGAGUUGUACUAAGGUCUAUAGUUAAUGGUUCCAUAAGCAAUAGGUAGAUACAUAGCGUUUCCAUCACAUGGAAAUGAAACAUACCCAGUAAGCUGUGGGCUACCGAGGUACUUGACAAAUGCUUUCACCUUGAUGUACCCUAUUAAGUGGUGUAGGUACAUUCACAAAGUAAUUCAAGGUAGGUAUACAAUAAAUUGAAUAACAUAAACAUCUAAGGAUAAUUUGAAUAAAUACAAUUUUCUAAGAGAUCGAUUUAUUCAUUGUUAGCAAAACAUUUUAAAAUUUAAUAAAACUAAGCUUCUCGUAUUGUAAAACUUACGUAUUAAGUGUUUAGAUAGAUUCAAUCUUAAUAAUUAAGUUUUAAGCAUUCCAUAAUACUCCUAUGGGAUCUCUGCUGUGUUUAAAAAACUCUUUAAAUUAGUCAAAAGAUUAUCGUCUGUUAAGUUGUAAAUAAUAAAAUGUACAUAUUAAGCUAUGUGUAAAUAUGAUCGCUUUGUUGCCUAUUCUUAUUCAGCGGUGGUAGGUCAUUAUAGAUAUAACUGAAUUGUGCGUUGUCCACACUGCAACACAACAAUGGUGACAAUAACGGACAACUAUUUAUUGAAGGCAAUAAUUACAAACAUUCGCAUCCAUAAUAUGUAAUUGAUCAAACAAAAUAUAACUUCUAAUACCAGCUGUGGUACUUGCGAGUCUUUAGUUUCUACGAAUUUGAUUAGGAAAUACAACUUGUUGUUGAAGUGUGAUGUACUUAACUUUACGUAUUUUGUUAUAAGAAAUCAUGGUAAUUAUGUGAACAUCAAUCUGUCGCAACAUAAUAAUAUUAGAACAGAAAGUUCCUACGCAAAAUACAUUUAAGAGAUACCUAAUGAUUGUUUCUAUAUUUUAAUAAAUGUAAGUACCUAGUUAAAAUUAUUCUUUAAAGGUUUCGAUGCAACGAAUUACAUAAAUAAUUACAAGCAGUAUAUACAUAAUAGUCGGUUGUAGUCGCGUGCCGAUGCUGAGCUUGAGAUUCUUCAGAUAUACAGUAUUCAAACACACCAGGGCAAUAUUGUCAGCUACUUUACUACUAGAGUAACCUCCCAUCAUUAACAAAUUAAAGUUAAGCACAGUAUUCAAUGGAUUCCCUAAUUACAUUGAUAAUAAUUAUAAUAAUGUGAUUACCUGCACAUGUGUAUAUUACCUUACAUAAGUACAUGCAUGUUAUAUAAUGUAAAGACACCACAUAUUGUUUGUAUCUAUCUCUUUUACUUUCUCAAAAUUGACUUAAGCGAUCCUGUUGGAAUUAUUUGAUAUUUUAUUAUAUUUUUAUUAUAAGCUAUUUCCAAAUUGUGACCGGUGGGCUAGAUAAACCAAAGAUUAAUAAUAUGUUAACAAUAAUAUGAUGUGGAAAACUGUAAAAUAUAAAUAUCCCAUCAUUUAGCUGUAGGUUUAGUUUUACUUGUGCCAAAUGAUAAUUUUUAAGGCUUUGAAUAUAACUUUAUAUCAGAAUUUUAUUUUUACAUGACAAGGCAUGAUGUACUAUACAGAAUUGAUUACUUGUGCAAUAUGAUAUUGCAGUAAAGUAUUUUCCUUUUAUGAUUGUAUGAUGAUAUAGUUUUAAGUGUAACAGAUAGCAAAUGUGAAUUCCUAUUGCCAUAUUUGUCUUUGUUGUAUUUCAUAAUGUUGUGUGAUUGGAUGCUGCCUGUGUGCCAGCACAAGUUGCUGAAUAAUUGUUAAAAUAAGUAAACUAGUUUGUUAAACUUACCUAUAGAUUAACAUGUGUUAAAAUAUUGCCUAUAUAAAUUAUAGUAAUUCAUUUUACUUGAUAUUAUAAUGUAUAUUGAAUUUAUGAAUAUUAAAAAUAUAUAUAUAUGAAAAUUCAAUGCAUAAAA